AUGGCUCAGAUUUGUCCUCCCCCUCCUCCCCCACCCCUUCCUCCACAAGACGGCCACUUUCCCGAAAAGCCCGUUAUGCCCCUUGUUUUUGAUAUCGACCUCAGUACUGUCGUUGAUAUGACAAAGGCCAAAAACAUCGCCGUGCACAAGAUUGACAAAUCCAUAUGGCACCUGCAAGACUCUGACCGCAUACUUAAAAGAGGGCCUAACGUAAAGGUCUCAGAGGCAGAAGCCUUACGAACUGUUGCCUCAUCAACCCAUGUGCCUGUUCCGGUUAUCGGAACACCACUCCACGACGUGUUGCACAUCUUGGACACGGCACAGGUGGAAAGGGUGAUCACACAGCUGUCGGGAUUUGUCAGAAGCUGGAUGGGUCUACGUGGCGACUAUUUUGGAUCUAGGGGCUUCAAAGCAUGUCGCGACGUCUUUUUCCAACACUUGCCUGCCGCAAACAUGCCAGACCGGGAAUACGGCCCUUUCAGAUCACUUACAGAAUACUGCACGGGCUUAUCGAUGCACUUCGUAACUCGAGGCCUGGUGGACAAUUCGAUGCCAACGAUGCGCACCUGA